CAAGGAGGCAGUAUUUUCUAUGUAUCCAGAUAAGUCGCCAGGGCCGGACCGCAUGAGCCCAAGAUUCUUUCAACACUUCUGGGAUGUGAUUGGACCGGAUGUGGUGGACUACUGCAGAACUGCCUUUGAAUCAGGAAGGCUACCCGAUAAGGCCUCACAAGCCGAAGCUUUGACCAUACGGGGGAUUUUACAAGCGUAUGAAUCAGCCUCCGGUCAAAUGAUAAAUUUCAAUAAAUCUAAAUUCUUUUUUAGUGCCAAUGUGACAGACUAUGUUAAGAAGGAGCAGACAGAUUCGUUGCAAGUUGGAUCUGCCGGGGAGGAGGAGAGGUACUUGGGCUUACCGGCGAUGUUUGGGAAAGGUAAAAGGGAGAUCCUUGGGUAUUUGAGGAAUCGGGUAAUUAAAAAACUCCAGAAUUGGAAUAAGAGAUUUCUUUCGAAGGCUGGGAGGGAGAUUCUUUUGAAAACAGUUAUUCAGGCCAUGCCGACUUACGCAAUGAAUGUUUUCUUUUUACCCGUUGACCUCUGUCGAGAAAUUGAAGUAAUAAUGAAUGGGAAUUGGUGGAAUGGUCAUGCUGGGAAAGGGAUUCGCUGGAGGAGCUGGGAUUUUAAGUGUAGACCAAAAACAGUAGUGGGAUGGGAUUCAGGAAGGUCAGGGAGGGCAGCGACCUGGUGCAGGGAGGCGGAAAGUUAACGUGGAU